AUUUGUAGUGCAAGGUUUUUCGCUAAAAAAUUACAUUUUUUAUGCAAAAUAUAAGCGGAUACAUGAAUGCGGUGACAUAGUACUUAAUUAAUUCAACAAUAUUACAGAACGUACGGUGUUUCUUGCAGAACUGACACAUUUAGGAAAAGUUGGUGGAAAUGUGGAGAAGUACGCGUAUACGGGCUAUUUGGCUUGAUUUAAUGAAAACAGCUGUAGCAGAUGGUAAACAUUGUUUAAAAAUACGACAUCGAAUCGCGCAAUGUGCGAGUUCUCAUUGUUUAUCAAAACAUCAAAACAUAACCUAUAAUUUGAAUCAAGGUUGUAUUUUUACAAAACUACAGCAUACAAAGCAACAGCCAAUCGAAGAAACUACUCAAAAACAAACGUGCAAUUCAUUUACGUACAGAACACACACAUGUGGCGAGCUAAGAACGAUAAAUAAAGGACAAAAAGUUACUCUUUGUGGAUGGAUCCAAUAUGUCCGUAUGUCGAAGUUUUUACUUCUCCGAGAUGCUUACGGACUUACACAAUGUAUAAUAAGUAGCACAGAUGUGUGUCUACCAGAUAUCCCUUUAGAGACAGUGGUAAAAGUUGAAGGCACAGUGGCAUUAAGGCCUAAGAACAUGGAGAAUACAAAAAUGGCCACUGGUGAGGUAGAAGUUAUUAUAGAUCACUUAGAAGUGUUAAAUAACGUAGAUAAGUUGCCAUUUAAUCUUAGAGACUAUCAGAAACCUAAGGAGCAAUUACGAUUACAGCACCGUUACAUUGACUUAAGAUUUCCUGAAAUGCAAAAGAAUUUGAGACUUCGGUCAAAUAUGCUGCACAAUAUGAGAAAGUUUUUAGUUGAGGAGCAUUGUUUUGUCGAAAUUGAGACUCCAACUCUGUUCUGCAGGACUCCAGGAGGAGCUAGAGAGUUUAUAGUACCAACCCGUCACUCGGGCUUGUUCUAUUCUUUAGUGCAAAGUCCACAACAAUUCAAACAAAUGUUAAUGGCCGGAGCAGUUGACAGAUAUUUCCAAGUAGCUCGUUGCUACCGAGAUGAGACCACUCGGCCAGACAGGCAGCCUGAAUUUACACAGUUAGAUAUUGAACUGUCAUUUACAAAUCUUGAUGGAGUGUUAACAUUGAUAGAACGCCUUCUGUAUGACACUUUCAACAAAGUUUUACCAAGGCCUCCGUUUAGAAGAAUGACUUACAAAGAUGCUUUAGAAAACUAUGGUACUGACAAACCCAAUCUAACUUAUGAUUUACGACUAAAGAAUAUCAAACACCUAUUUCCUGAACAGUUAAAUGAUGAAAAUUUCAAAGCUUAUCUACUGCCAUAUCCUUCAAAAUUUGGAAAAGUCACAUCUAAAAACAAAGACAAAUUUAGAGAAUUAGCAAAAAAGUAUAAAACAAAAAUAGUAAGCAAUGAAAGUAUCUCGAAAAUACUUGGAUCAGAUUUUGUCGAUCAAAUUCAAAGUAUCACCGGAGCAGACAACUCAUGCAUUAUUUGCCUAGGAAAUAACGAAGAUGUAAGCUUGUGUUUAGGGGAAGUACGAGAAUACUUAGCCUCACUUUUGAUAUCUAAAAAUUUACUAAGCGUCAAGGAAAAUGUAGAACCACUGUGGGUUGUUGACUUCCCCUUGUUUAUCAAAGGAGAAAAUGGUCUUGAGACGUGUCACCAUCCAUUCACAGCGCCACAUCCUGAUGACUUGAAAGUGUUGGAGACUGACCCACUUAAAGUGCGGUCUUUGGCUUACGACAUUGUUAUGAAUGGAAAUGAAAUUGGUGGAGGUUCAGUUAGAGUUCAUAGUGUGACAUUGCAAGAAAAAUUGUUACGUAUUUUAAAUAUUGAUGGUGAAAAAUUAUCACACUUUUUGAAUGCUCUAUGUAGUGGUUGCCCACCGCAUGCAGGAAUAGCUUUAGGUAUAGAUAGAUUAGUAAGUUUAGCAUGUGAUGCUGAGUCUAUAAGAGAUGUGAUAGCAUUUCCUAAGUCCCAUGAAGGUAAAGACCCCCUUUCUGGUGCACCAAAUAUUGUAAAUGAUGAUGAUAAAAAGUAUUACCAUAUUGCUACUGUUGACUAAGUUCAAUUUUAUUCAUGAAAAUAAAUUU